AUGGCGCUGCUGCGGGAACGCUUGGGGGAGGUAACGGUCUUUUCCCCGUUCCACUUGACUGGAUCGCACAGGUGCGCGACGGAAAAAAAAUGUUGGAACUUGCGCGGGUGCUGGUGCUGCUGCGGUAGGCAGAAACGCUUCAAAAAAUUUCAAUAUGUGCACUUUUCUAGAAGACUCAGGUUUUGUAUUAGCAGGCAAUUGGUUGUACAAUUAUUCUCCACAAGCACGACACCGCAAAGCUUUCUUUUUCCAAAAGUCGUUAUUGAUGAAACAAAGUUUGGGCCAGUAGAAGAAGAGUCACAUCAUCAGGUCGCGUGUGCAGUAGAGACACUGAUGCGAUCUCCGCUACUCCGUCACUUGUAGGAGCGCCAUUUGCAGUUUUACCAAACACAAGCAACCUCACUUCGCGAAUCGGAAUUCUGAGCUCCGGGCGGUAGAAGAUACUUCUAUGCGUGAAUUUGUGAUCCAUUUCGGAGGGGCAGACCGCUCGCUCCGCUAGUGGUGAUUUUUGCUUUCUUUCUUAACAUAGAAGACACCACUGGGCAAAACAUGAUUCCGUAGUGACUGAGUUCUUGUUCUACUAUGCGUCGUGCUGUUAGUACAGAAACAGAGCAGCGCGUGCUCGUAAUAACUCGUACGAAAGAUGAUUUUUAUUUGUCUCAUGUGAAGCAAGGAACAAAAAAUAGCCUGCUUUCGGAGAAGAAGAAACCCAAGCCGCGAGGACAUGAAGUGGCAAUGUCGCAUCGAUAUCAUUCCUUCAAAAUGAACUGGAAGAAUAGCAACAGUCGCAGAAUAGGUAUGGUUUCAGAAACGGAAAAAGCACCACGUAAUGAAAGUGGAUGACUGACGCAAUGGCGUGGUGCGAACUACGGUCGAUCCCAGAUUCCUUUUCCCGAUCGUGAGGGAUUAUUACUGCCGUGGUGUAGUUCUCACACGGUGAUCCGGAG